GCCGACAAGUGGUCGUUCGACUUCUGACUUGGCCUCUUUUGUAGGUGUGGGGCCUGAUCAUGUCCUCGUGGUCAGUCUCUCUGUGAUGAUGAGAAUGGGAAGACGGCCACGGCGCCCACCCUGGCAGGACUCUCUCCCCUUGCUGGCGCUGGUCCAGCUGCUGUGGGCGGCUGUAGGCACUGUCCUGGGCCUUCCUGUGGUUGCUCCCAGCCACGCUGCUGGCUGCUUCAGCCAUCCUGGCUUGCAGAGACUCUGGGUCAUGUGGGGAGGAGGGCAGAGUCCUCCCCCCUCCUCGGGCAACAGAGGAUCCAGCAAGAUUCCUUCCUCCCCACUCUGCCCUGCCCCUCCCAGCCUGGGCAGGCAGAUAAAAAUCAGGGCCCCACACUUCUGCCACCUCGUGCCGUUCACACACUCCAGCCAGGGACCUGCCCCUUGGGUCCAACAAGGACGGCUGUCCUCAGUGAGGGGCCGUGCACCCGCUCCUGAGCAGCGCCAUGGGCCUGCUGGCCUUCCUGAAGACCCAGUUCGUGCUGCACCUGCUGGUCGGCUUCGUCUUCGUGGUGAGCGGUCUGGUCAUCAACUUCGUCCAGCUGUGCACGCUGGCGCUCUGGCCGGUCAGCAAGCAGCUCUACCGCCGCCUCAACUGCCGCCUCGCCUACUCACUCUGGAGCCAGCUGGUCAUGCUGCUGGAGUGGUGGUCCUGCACGGAGUGCACGCUGUUCACGGACCAGGCCACGGUAGAGCGCUUCGGGAAGGAGCACGCAGUCAUCAUCCUCAACCACAACUUCGAGAUCGACUUCCUCUGUGGGUGGACCAUGUGUGAGCGCUUCGGAGUGCUGGGGAGCUCCAAGGUCCUCGCUAAGAAGGAGCUGCUCUACGUGCCCCUCAUCGGCUGGACGUGGUACUUUCUGGAGAUCGUGUUCUGCAAGCGGAAGUGGGAGGAGGACCGGGACACAGUCAUCGAAGGGCUGAGGCGCCUGUCCGACUACCCUGAGUACAUGUGGUUUCUCCUGUACUGCGAGGGGACGCGCUUCACAGAGACCAAGCACCGCGUCAGCAUGGAGGUGGCGGCUGCUAAGGGGCUUCCCGUCCUCAAGUACCACCUGCUGCCGCGGACCAAGGGCUUCACCACCGCGGUCAAGUGCCUCCGGGGGACAGUCGCAGCUGUCUAUGACGUAACCCUGAACUUCAGAGGAAACAAGAACCCGUCUCUGCUGGGGAUCCUCUACGGGAAGAAGUACGAGGCGGACAUGUGCGUGAGGAGAUUUCCUCUGGAAGAGAUCCCGCUGGAUGAAAAGGAGGCAGCUCAGUGGCUUCAUAAACUGUACCAGGAGAAGGACGCGCUCCAGGAGAUGUAUAAUCAGAAGGGUAUGUUUCCAGGGGAGCAGUUUAAGCCUGCUCGGAGGCCGUGGACCCUCCUGAACUUCCUGUCCUGGGCCACCAUUCUCCUGUCUCCCCUCUUCAGUUUUGUCUUGGGCGUCUUUGCCAGCGGAUCACCUCUCCUGAUCCUGACAUUCUUGGGGUUUGUGGGAGCAGCUUCCUUUGGAGUUCGCAGACUGAUAGGAGUAACUGAGAUAGAAAAAGGCUCCAGCUACGGAAACCAAGAGUUUAAGAAAAAGGAAUAAUUAAUGGCUGUGACUGAACACAUGUGGCCUGAUGGUGGUAUCCAGUUAACUCAAUUAAAACCAGAGCAACACACAGAGUGGAGGAAAAGACAAUUAGAAACUAUUUUUCUUAUUAACUGGUGACUAAUAUUAACAAAACUUGAGCCAAGAGUAAAGAAUUCAGAAGGCCUGCCAGAUGAAGUCUUCAGCCUCCCACAGCGCAGGGUCCCAGCAUCUCCGAGUGCACCCGUGGGAGGUGGAUCCGGGCGGAGAGGCCUCCCGCGGACGCCAUCUCUCCAGAACUCCGCUUCCAUGAGGGAGCCUUUGGCUGCUUUCUCUCCUUAAACGUAGAUCAAAUUUUUUGUUUUUUAAUCAGUUAUUUUGGGAACUUAACCUGGCCCUUCACCUCUUCUGCACCUCCCGCCCCUCCAGAAACUGUCUCAUAAUGAAUUUCUGCUGUCCUUCUGGGAGUGGACGGCCGGGUCCCGUUCCCUGGGGAGCUCGCCUGGCUCAGCACCUUGGCUCCCAGUGGGGGCCCCGUGGAGAGCGCCCGUAGCGAUAAGCACACCGGCACGAACGUCAGGUCGAUUCCUCGAAGUCGGAGCCCUCACUCUGCCCUGUCCUGGGGCUGGCUGAGGGCGAACGCCCCACCUUCCUUUCCAGAGCCCUGUCUGCCCUAGCUCCUAUUUGACCCUGUGUGUAAAUACGUACAUGUUUUUAAAGUGGAUGGACCCCGAGAACUCCGUGAAAUGCAGAGUUCUCCAUGCACCUAAAGCUCCUCUGUCCCUCUCAUGGCUGUCAGACCCUGGUCCCUCCACACUGGGUGCUGGGGAGGGAGGACCCUCGGGGCUACCGCGCGCCCCCCCAUCCCACAGAUCAGGAGCCAAGGAGGGAGGACAGGGCAGCCUGUGGGACUCUAGGAUGCUUCGGAAGAAGCGAGGGCACCGUCAACCCUCUGUUUUUUAAAGGUAGUUGGAGACUGUUAACGCUGAGCUCAUUGGCUUCUAGAGAUUUUAUUUUUACUGGUUGAUCUCCUGGUGGUUUUUAACUUCCUGCUGGAAACUAGAGGUGGGGCCCCCACCCCCCAGCCUCGCACUGUGUCCUUGGGGAGGACCUGCCCCCAUCCUGGCUGGCAUCACUGUGGCCCGGCCACCCCUGAGCACCCAGCUCCCUGCCUCCUGGACGUCUCUGAGAGUCCAGGCAGAGCAGAGGGCAACGCUCGGCUGGACGUGCUGGCUCCCUCGGCCUCGCAGCGAGCCCCUGGCCCACGCCGAGCGAGGGAAGCUUCUACAGCAUGUCCACUCCCCUGGCGUGGCCGGGUGGAGCCCCUGGGGCAGCGGCAGUGGUAGAAAGCUCAGCUCGGUCGCGGUACCACCAGCCCACCUGCAUCUGGCUUUCAGCUUGCUUGUUCUAAGUCACACCCCCUCAUCUUUUUAGCAAGGGAAGAAACAAAAAUGGAUGUUAUCUCUGACAUGUGGUAACCAGCAUUCUGAACAGAGGUAGGUUGAGUUUUCUAGGGGAAAACAAAUGGGGAAAAGAGGCAUGAAGAAAAGUAAACCGAGAACGUAGUUAGGCAUCAGGCCUAAGUGUCCUGGGGAGAUGGGAUGGGGAUGGCAGCGUUCUGCAUGACAGAGGCACUGCCGGGCCCCCGGUCUGUGGGGGCUGUGCUCUCGGGGCGUGUGCGGGAUGCCAGCUGCGCACACCUGCUCAGAGCACGGCUCCUCACGGGGGUGAAGGGGCAGACCAAGGAAACCAGACGAGACCAAGGAAACCAGACGAGACAUGCUUGCAGACACUGUCGCUUUGGAAAUGUGCUUCCCUACCUCUGAAAUCUCAUCCCUCCACCUGCCCACUCAGGCAGCUGUGCUGUGAGCAGGGCGUGCACUCCCCUGGCUGAGCACCCCGGAGAUUCUCCUGUACCUUCCUCAUGCUGCACACUGCUCAUCCGUCUCCGUGUGUGUUUAGAUCACGCCAUCCACUGACUCACUAACACCUGCAGAAUCUUAAAGGAGAAAAGCUGAGGGGCACGACCAUGCGCAUAUGUGACCUGGAAAAUGCAAAUUUAGAUCUUUUAUGACUUAAUUAAUAGUUACUGUUUCCCAUAGAAGUUCCCUCCCUUUGAAAGUAAUAUAUAAUGUAUAAAUUCUGCACUGAGUCAUGGCGGAGCUGGGCAGCCCCUAGGUUAGAGUGGAGAUGGAGGCCCAGGCCCAGGGGUCACACCUCAUCUGGUUUCCUUCCCAUCUCACGGCUUAGCUUGUGCUUCUCAACACCAAGCCUUUAAGAGCAAUAAAAACUACACCAUGAAUGUUUGGGGUUUUUUUUUUUUUUUUGGAAGAGGGUGGAUUUUGCUUUUCAUCCACUUCAGAAGGAAAAGGGGAGGAGAGCUCCUUUCCAUUUUUAAAUUAAAUUCAUAAAUCCCAGAGUAGUCUUUUUUUUUCUUUUUCCUUUACACUGUACUUCUGAGCUGAAUUCAGUUAAUGUUAUGUCCAAAUUCAGGCUGAGUGUUAAGGCUGAAGCAACUCGGUAGCCCACAGUCUGUGCUGGCCGCUGUCGGGGUGAGGCAGAUGCUGGGCCUGGCAUCACUGAUGCCCUCCGCACCUGGUCCUCGAGCCAGGCUGAGGACAGGAAGGGCGCUGCUGGCCUGUAGCUCCUGUUGCCCACCCGGAGCCAGGCUCCCCACUGGAGGCUUCCAGCCGAGAGGACCAAGGCCCACCCUUGGGCGUCUGGCAGGCCAAGCUCCCAGCCCGGGCUGUGGUCUCCUGGGGACGCCGCUGGCCUGACUCUCAUCUUAGGUCCAGGUGUCAGGGGGUCUCCUGCCCAUCUUCCCAAGGAUGCCAUUGCUGUCUUCAUCAUCUUCCCCCGUGUGAGACACUGGUUGUCCGGUACGCGGUGACGGUGUACCAGAUGCACACCCUAUGUGAGGUGCUUUCAGGUCCCUGUCCUCAGGAAGCGCAGAGUCCGGUGGAAGAGAUGAGGGCUCAACAAAUCACUAAAUACACAAAACAACAAUGUAAGCAGCACUUUCUUUUUAAAAAAACAAAAAAACAAAAAACAGGUCCUUUUGAUCAAUUUUGAGUCUCUGCCUCGUCUGUCCCGACUCCCUUUCGUGCACCACGGCAUGAGAAUCUUUCCUCACGCUGUUAAGGUAUUGCUGAGCAUUGACACUGACCUCAAGGAAAAGCAGUGGUUGGACCCAGCCGUGUGUGGCACUCAUGUGCGAUUCAGUAGCUGUUGCCGGGCUGUCCAUGCCUGUUGUGGCUACCAAUUGGGGUCCGAUUGGGGGUGAAGAAUAAGUAACUUUCUGCAUGCUUUGUCUCUAUCUGAGACACUUAUACAACAAGCCGAGUAUAAUCUCUCCAGCCCUGCAGAUUUUCACCUGACUUGUUAACCCCCCCGCGUAGACUCCCGCUGCAGGCCUCUGGCCUGAGGCUCACUGCAUGUAGCCCCGGCGUACAGCACUAGUGCCCCACAGCGCUGUGCUUCUAACCCCUUCUGCGCUGCACCUAGGCUCAGGGUUCAAACGGCCAGCCCGAAACGCCUACCUGCCUUCUUUCUGGAAACAGCAUGUCCCCGGCCGUGUGCCUGCCCCUUUCUCUACUGAACUAGUCCCCAAACCAAAGGCAAGCCCUCUCCGGCCCGGGAGGCGGAGGUGGGGGGGGUGGGGCCGGCCACACCCCUGACUCCGUCCUGGCUCUGCCCCAUACCCCUGCCGUGGGGCCGACCCGGGGGAUGCAGACAUCCAGCUCCGUAUUCCUGCCUUUCGGGGCCAGGAUGCAAAAACGGUUUUUGCGUAAAAGAUGUCACACUGAUCUGCUCGAGUGGGGUGGACACAUGAAUUAAGUUUUAUCAUGAACACUCGCUGCUUGUUAAUUCAGGGAUAAUGGUGGCAUUCUUACAAAGUGCUCGGGAAACAGAAUGACAGGAACACUUGUAGGGAGCCCAGGAAGUUACCAGAGACAUUGGUGUCAGUCGGCCCAGGCAACAGCAGCGUACGCUUUUCAAAGAUCAUUGAGUUGUCUUAGAAUUGGAAGCUGUGUAAUGACGAUGUCACCUGGAGUUCUUUUCCAUUUCUUAACUUUUUGUUGCACAAGUAUUUGGACAGAAGUCGAACUGUGAAUGAGAUACUGAAAUGCACUAAAUUGUAUUAAAUUAAACUGGAGUUACUUGAUACAAUGAAGAAAUGCAUCUGAUCUACUUGUAUUUAUUGUCUCAGAAUUGUACGUUGUGACAAUCAAAUGUUACUUGCCUAAAUGCCAGGAAAUUCAACUGGCUUCUUAAUCACCAAGAUCGCCAGCAAGUACUGUAACUGUAAAUGAAAAUCUCUCUCUCUCUGGAAAACUCACACAAACCAUUGACCUGAGUGCACAUGACAGCCACUGGCUUCUUUUUCUAUAAUUGAAAAUCUGCCAUCGCUGACUGUUGGCCAGUUUCAAAGGGACCCAUUGUAUACAGGGUGCAAAUGUAUUAUAUGGAUGUUUCCUUUUGUACGCUUCAUUUUUACAAGUUUUGCUACUCACAAGCUUUAUGUAGUGGAGGAUAGAGGUAUUUUUGGUCUUUAGAAGCUUGUUGGGGUGAGGGCUGCUAACUUACUCUUCAAAGGCCUGUGUCCCGAAGGCCUGGCUGCGUUUGCCGUGCUGUGCGAGGACCUGUGUACACAGGCAGGUGUGCACCUGCCCAAGCGCGAGUAGCUCUUGUGUACUGGUGAAAUGCUGCGGGCAUCUGUUUAUUCAAUUUGCUGCUGUGAAAGAGAGGGAUAAAAAACCACAAUAUAAGAGAAAGCGA